CUUGUUCUGCAUAUCCCUGACAUGAGAGGCUCCAGGGAUUCACUGAGCAUGCUCAGCCCCACUUCUCUGCUAGAGAGAGGAAGCUGACUUACAUUGGAGUCAUACCAAGCAUAGGCUGCAUGUCAGAGCAGUGAACUUGCAGCAGGGCUGUGAGAACUGACUGGCUUUGUCCUUUUACACUUUUUAUUUCUCUUUUUUUCUUCCAAUCCUCUGAAAACCUGCAAAACGUGAACCUUCUGGUGUAGCCGGAGACUCCACAGCAAUUUCCAAGGCACAACCGUCACCGCUUGCUCUGAACGGAUUCCCUGACUGUUUUUUCUCUCCUCUUCAUGUACUUUUCUCGGCUUUUGUUGUUGGAGGCUGGGCCUUUCCUUCUUGUGAAAUCUUAGGGAGAGCCGGGAGCUGAUCCCAAGCAGUCUGCCUCUUUCCUCUGUGCGCUUUUCCAUUUUUAUUUUUUAUUUUUUGGUGGGAAAGCGAGAAAGCUGGUCUUUCCUGCUAACCCGAUAAAUGCUGUUUAUGAAGAUGGAUCUGUUGAACUACCAGUACCUGGACAAGAUGAACAACAAUAUUGGCAUUCUGUGCUACGAAGGUGAAGCGGCAUUACGGAAUGAUCCCAGAAUGCAGCCUCUUCAGAUGCCUACUCCACUCGGCAAUCACCGGACGGGCCCUCCGCCAAUCAGCCCCAGCAAACGGAGGUACACGGACCAAGGAGAUGACGAACUAGACUGUGAAAAUGACCAUGUCUCCAAAAUGAGCCGAAUGUUUCCCGCUCACUUAUCGAAGAGUCUUAAUGGGGAUUUCAGAAAAGAUCUGCGAGACCGAAGUCGCAGCCCGAUAGAACGAGCAGCUGCUCCGACAAUGGGGUUACAUGCAAAUCACCUGUACAGCUCGAUUCCAAGUAUUAGUAUGGAUCAACCUCUCGCCCUCACCAAAAACAGUGAUCUGUCCCGGAACAUGGGGAUAACGCCCACUAUGAACCCUGUGGAACGACAGCAGAACCGGCCAUCGGUGAUCACCUGUGCACCGGCAAGCAACCGAAACUGCAACCUUUCUCACUGCCCCAUCACACAUAGUGGUUGUGUGUCAGCCAUGCCUGCAAACUACAGGCGACCGUCAAACACUACAACUGCUUGCGACCCUGUGGUAGAAGAACACUUCCGCAGAAGCCUCGGCAAGAACUACAAAGAACCAGAGCCGGUUGCCAACUCUGUGUCCAUCACCGGUUCCGUGGAUGAUCAUUUCGCCAAGGCGCUGGGGGACACCUGGCUCCAGAUCAAAGCCGCCAAGGAUGGGGUGUCCAGCAGCCCUGAAUCUGCCUCUCGAAGGGGCCAGUCCUCUCCUUCCUCUCACAUGGUCAAUCAUAAUCACUCCCCGUCUGUACUAUCGUAAAGAGAAUGUCUGCAAAAUCAGGAGCAGCUACUUUCACUGGGCUUUCAAAAUGAUAACCAUUAGUGUCAGGGGAAGGAGAGUUUUCAUUUUUGUUUUUCUUACUUGUAUAUUUGCUUGGCACAAAGUGGAUGCCUCUAUCAUGUUAUAGCAGGAACUAUUGUUUUCUAAUGUAGCAUCCUAACUUCCUGCCUCUGUUACCAAAGAAACCUCUAAUGCAAGCCUGCUGCCCACUGACUGACCCACCACAAAAACCCAUUCACAUUGCGUUAUCAGUUGGUUGACCCAAGUGCUGUCAGCUUACCAGCUUCUAGAACUAGAAAGCUCUGUGUAUUUUAACUAUUCUUUCUUUUUUUUUUUUUUUUUUCAUUGAGUAAUUGUAUUGUAUGUAUUUACUUGAAAAGAAUUGUCAUGUCAUGUCUGAUUUGCACUAUUGAGAGAGGAUCAAGAUUUCUUGUGAGAAGCUAAAAUUUAGAGGGCAGACUGCUUAUGAGUUAAGUACCUUUUUGCCGUUGCACUACGGCAGCUUUUUUGUGUGCCAAUAUCUAGUCCAGUUGCGAUCAGUUCUUUAAGAUUUAGCGGCCACAUUGAGACAUCUCGGUGAUUAUUCUCAGAAAGCGAUUGGGUGAUCCUACCUUUUAAAAAGGACAGCCUAAGUGAGUAUUUCGGUAAUUUGAUGCAGAUGGGCUGAGGCGCACCGUGGUUUCUCGUAUCCCUUGGGAAUUCGGCAAUAUUUUCCAAUGUGAGCUUUUGGCCAUGCCCACCCAUUUCGGAUACCGUAGGGGGGGAGGCCUCUUUUUCACUAUUUGAUCAGUUUAUCUACAGCAAUCUAGUGCAUUUUUAUUCUGGGAAAAGUGACCAGAGGGCUUCCUAGAAGUCUAUAAAAUAUAGUAGGUCAUCAAGGUAUGUCUCUCUUGCAAUUGGAUAGCAAAAAUGACAGAGAAGGUACCCACUGGUAGUCUGCCAUCACUGCAGUUUGCGUGUGUCGAGGUCAGAAAAGAUAAUAGUGCGUUAAGUGCAUGUUUUUUGAAAAUGUAAUAGCUGGUAACUAUUAAUACUGAGACAAGUAACAAUCAGAAUACUUAUUAUCCUCUUCAGAUGUAGUUUAUUUUUUAACGGUAUAGUCUUCUGACAUACUUACUGCUGGUACAGUUGUACUCAUUGUAAUAUUUUAUUUGGUGUUCACAUUUAGCGGUAACCAGCUAGAGCCUCAGGACAGGCCUUGGUGAAUUGAUAAUUGAGUUCUGAUAAUGCGUGGUACAGGAUGCUAUGUGUUUGGUAAGCGAUUUGCUAUAGUUGCUUUGCGUUCUUGUGUAUAGUCACUAGUGUGAUAGCAAAACAGUCUGACGGGUUAGCUUUAGGACUAGUCGCACCCCCUAUUUCCUACCCCAUUAUAAAAGUUUUUUUUUUUUCUUCUCAAAACUGCGGAAUGAGUUUCAAGUAAACUGGCGACAAAUUUGUACAUUCCUUUUUGUCAGGAACCUACCACAAGCAUAAGUUUAUUUUUUUCCUGGUAGAUAUAAAAUCGCUCCUGAGCUGAUUUUUCUGUAUAACUUUUGCCUUGGCUUUUCUCCCCCUUGUGUAACAUCUAUAUACAUUCCAGCCUCCCAGUGAAAAUGUAAAGACUUCUUUCUUUUUUUUUUUUUUAAUAUAUACAUACAAGUGCGUGUAUGUGUUAUUUACAAGCAUAUAACUGGUUAACGUUCAAAAUGCAGGAGUGAUUUAUUUUUAUGGGAGGCCCCUAAGCACAUGUGGCCCCACCCCUCACACUCCAGCUGUGCUCCAGCCAAUUAUACGGACAACGCCGUCACAAGGUGGGGGGCAUAUAUAUUCUAUACUGUCCUCAACUCAAGACAUUUCACUACUAUGUUACUGGGUAGUCAAUGCUUAAGUGUUUGCCAUUCAGUGUAGACAGAAAAAAAUAUUUAAAAAAUCACCAAAAAAACAACAACUUUUAAAUGAACACUUUUUUUAUAUAGGUAACUUUAAGACCAUCGUUACGCUGUGCGUAAAGAAUGUACAGAAAAUAAAUUUGUAGGUAUUUUUUUUUUGGAAAACGAUUAAUUUGUUAAUGAUAUGUAGCUAUUUAAUUUGCCCUUUCUUUAAAUGUAAUCACAGAUCUGUGUUUUUUUUUUUCUGGUUGUUUGGAGUAAAAAAGUUGAUCUUUUUUUUGUUUAGAUGUGUCUGUAAUACAGUGAUGUGCAGGUACACUUGUAUACUAUUGUAACGCUGCAUUAAUAUUGGAUAGCCACUAGCAUGUCAUUGCUGAGUCUGCCGAGUGUUGCAGGGAUCUGAAACAUAGACGUGGACACAUUGCUGUUUGUUAUCCUGGACUUGUGUAAAGAUACAAUAUGGUUAAAGUAGUACAGAAUCGAUGUCCAUAUGGACAUCGGACUCCUUGUGGUGGUCUUUUUGUAGCGAUCCUGGGUGAAAAAGGCAAUCUGAUCACUGCAGCUGUACAGUAAAUGUGACUCAUUAAAACAAUCUCAUAUUUGUGUGUUUUAUAUAUAUAUAUCCUAUCUAUCUAUCUUAUACAAGAGCAGUCUUCUUAACUUACAUGACUCUGCUGCCCUAUCUGAGAUAGGUGCCUUGUAUACAGCACAGGUGGCCAAACCACACUUAAAUAAAGACAAGCACUCGACAAUUUU